UCAGCUUUAGAUUGAAUUGUUCUUGAACCGUGUUGUUAAUAUGCACAUUGACCUACUUUUUAACGCGGCUGUGUAAUUUAACUUACGCAUACACCUUAGUAGAAAAAAGUAGGUCAGGUGACGUGAAAAUGAAAGUGAAAGUAGCAUUCAAGGGAAAAAGAGAAAAUUGUACUGUUAUGAUUGGAAUGGAUACAAGAGUGUGCAGUCAGAACUAGAGAAUGUAAACAAUGUCUGUUGUGACUCACGUAAUUCCUCAGUCAUUUUCUGAUGGCCAGAUCAUCAAUAUAGUCACUCCCACUGUCGGUAUUGGACAACAAGAUGGGGCUUCACCAAACAGUGUGUCAGCCCAUCUUGUUGGGGGAACAUUUACAGCAACACCAAUACAGAAUGUACAAGCAUUACCUGCAGAACCAAACCUUGAAAAAGACAAACAAGCAAUAUAUACACAUCCCUUGUUUCCAUUGAUGGCUCUUAUGUUUGAGAGAUGUGAGCAAGCGUCGUCUGCUACAGAUUUCCCCUCACCAGAGGGCGUUCUUGCAGACAUGCAAGCAUUUGUACUUCAUCAGGAAAAAGAGAAGAAAAGUCUUCUCUCAGGGGAUGAUGAUUUAGAUAAUCUGAUGAUAAAAGCAAUACAGGUGUUAAGAAUUCAUCUAUUGGAAUUGGAAAAAGUGAAUGAUUUAUGCAAAGACUUCUGCCAAAGAUACACUAACUGUUUAAAAGGCAAACUUCAAAGUGAAAACUUGUUACGAACAGAAUCGGACUAUGACCAGUCUAUGUUUGACGAACCGCCCAAAGAAGAAAUGUCACAACCAGUCCAAGCGAUAGUGUCGUCUGCUCCAGGGGGUGGGGUUAUACUGCAGCAGCCAUUUCAGUCUCAGGUUACGGCCAUGCCUACAUUGGGUCCUGGGCAGAUCAUGUCUGGUGGCACCAUCUAUCAAAUGGUGCAAACACCACAGGGACUUGUUGCACAACCUGUUCAGAUACAGUCACCCUCUAUUGGAACACCACUGAUACAUGGGAGUACACCAUUGUCUCAGAUAGGGGUGUCAGCUCCAGCUGCAGUUUCUACAUCCCCAUCCUCAUCAGUUGUGAAUACUUUAACUAAUGUGGGCAGUGGUUUUGACUCGGAUGAUGAUGAUUCCGGGAAAAAGAAGAAUAAAAGAGGUGUUUUACCAAAGAGUGCUACCCAAAUCAUGAAAUCAUGGCUCUUUCAACAUAUUGUGCAUCCAUACCCAACAGAAGACGAGAAGAGACAGAUUGCAUCACAGACCAAUCUAACACUUCUACAAGUCAAUAACUGGUUUAUAAAUGCCCGUAGAAGGAUUUUACAGCCAAUGCUAGAUGCUGGUAAUCCUGAACAAGCCAAGGCAAAAAAGGCCAAACCCCAGGGUAAACCUCCGCAGAGAUUCUGGCCAUUUGCUGGUAAUAACUCCCAGAAUGCAACUGCUGCAACUGGACUGACCACAGAAACUGUGACAACUUCUCCUCCAUCGGCGACCAGUCUGUCUUCAUUAUCAUCUAUAAACCAAACCAUUGUUAUACCUCCUGGGGCGUUUUUGACAACAGAUGGUCAGAUAGUGAGUCUGCAAGGAGCGAAUAUGGCGGCCAUGUUAAAUCAUGUGAAGCAGACGUCACCGUCUCCGCCCCCAGACGACAGUGUUGUAACUAAACAAGUUACGCCAAGUGACACAAACAAUAACAGUCAUAAUACUGACAGUGAAUCAAAUAAUGAAAAUGAAGAUUUAACUUGAUAGUGAAUCUGAUACAGUAUAUAAUUUAUGUCUUUGAAUUUUGAAAUAUUUAAAAUAGACAAUGCAAUAAUAGUAUCGUAGUUUAAAGGUUGAAUGAGAAUUAAACAUGACAUUAGACGUAUAUGUUAUCUCAUCUUACCUCAUGUUAUGGCUUACUGAUUUUCAUCAUCUUUCUUGUUCUACCUAGAAUGGUCCCCAUGAGUGCCAUUAUAUUUUUCUUGCAAAAUGUUAUAGUAAAAAAUGACUCGCCUCUCACUGAUUUAUAAACCGUUCAAUUUUUAGUAUAAAGUAAACAUGACUAUCAUGGUUUAAGCUAAUCAUGUAGGAUAAUAACAUCUAGGUCAAUAUAUCAUGUUUGUAGAUGACGCUAUAUAUAUGCAAAUGAUCACAUGAUUGGAUUACUAUGGUGUCCGCUGGGAUGCUGUAUCAGCACACAGUAUUAUACUAGAUAAUAAGACAAGCAAAACAAAUAAUCAAAGUUAAUUUAAAAAGAAAUUAACUUCAAUGUCACUUUUAUAGGCCUUCUACAUAAAGAAAAAUAUAAGUAAAAUUGGUAAAGUUUUUUUUAUUAAGAAUCAAGUCUAAUGAAGACUUGGGUUUCUGCCGCAAACUAUGGGUUGAACCCCUACUAGAAUCAUUAAAAGUGAUUUAUAAGUUGAAUGAAUUUGCUUCUCAAUUAAGCUUAAAAGAAUUAAUUUAAGGAUGUAACUUACAGAUUAAGUCUUAGAACUUAAUUAUCACUUUAAUCUGUGUAAUAGAUGUAAAGGAAGGGAAAUUUGCCAAAAAUGCAUAAUAUAUUUGGUAUUUACAGUGAUUUACAGGUAUUUACAACUCUAUUGAGAAGAAGCCUUAGCCUCUUGGGAAAACUUACCGCCAAAAUUGCUUAUUUGGGAAGUAAACCUGCAGGUUUAAGGUCAAUUUUUUUUUUGAAAACUGCUAUUUUUUUAAAGAAAAUUUCAAUUGGGAAGAGGCCUUUUUUGAGAGUCUGUUAUAUAAGCAGGAAAAACACUGGGUAUUAAGCUGCUGAAUUUCAUAAAUGGAUUUGUCCAGCUUCCAUUUGUGUAACUGUCCAUUAUCAAUAAAGAUGAAAAUGUAAAGUUACUUAGCUGACAGUAUAGACGCUGGCAGACUGCACUGAUGUACAGGCUGGCCUAGAUCUAUCCUGGUGGCAAAAGCUUGUCACUUUCAAUUCCAGCAAAUUAAGUGUUAAAAAAUCCUUUGGAAUGGCAUAGAAUUCUUUAUUUUAAGAACAUUCAAGGAAACAACUUUUAGUAUAUAUAAAAGAAAGUGAACAAGACUAUUUCUGCAUGACACAAAACCAGAAACAAAAACCAAACUUGUCGUCCUCUUUGGAUUGUAAUAUCCUUUGAGUGGUAAACAUUUCAUGUUUAAAACCUCAAAGUUAAGGACGCGAAACCAAUUGGCUUAUGCCGGCUGUAUAGAGCCAGGCAAGCGUGCUCCGCUAGACGAUAGGAUCAUACCUAUGGCUGAUUAAAUUAAAGUUAUUUAUAUAUAUAUUUUAUCACUGAAACAAGUGAUGUUCUAUACCUGAUCUUAAGGAGGACUAGUCCAUUAUACCUGAUGUAUCAUUUAGGUAAUAAGAAAGAAAGAUUCAUAUUAUUUCUUGCAUAGCAGACUGGCGUUUCUGUUAGUUUUACCAUGCCGGAAAUUUCAUCUGGCAUGGGUAAAACUAACACUGCUAUACAAUGGCAUGACUGGAUUGUUGCAAUUUUACUGUUAUGAAUGAAGUUGUAAUUUCAUACGCUGUUGUAAGAAAAUAUUUGUGUGUGUAAUGACCUAAAUUUCUAUGGUAAAAUAGUUUUUAUUAAGGUAAAGAAUUCAAUGGUCGUUAAAAUGGAAUAUGGUAGAAUAUGCAAGAAAAAUAUCUGACCUGCUUACUCUACAGAUCAGAAUAACA